AUGGGGAAAAGUAACAACAACCCUCGUGCCUAUGGUCGCCAAAGCUGCACCAAGCAGUUUUGGAAGGCUGGGGAAUACGAAGGAGCUCCUCGCAACACCCGCAGACAAAUGGAUUCUUCUUCCACUAGUGGAUUCGAUCACGCCAGGAUGCACCCCAAGUUUCUGCACUCCAAUGCAACGAGUCACAAGUGGGCUCUUGGAGCUUUCGCGGAGCUUUUAGACAAUGCACUGGACGAGGUGCACAGCGGUGCUACCUAUGUCAAUGUAGACGUGCUUGACAACAAGAAAGACGGAAGCAAAAUGCUCCUGGUUGAAGACAAUGGCGGUGGGAUGGACCCGGAGAAGAUGAGGAAGUGCAUGUCAUUGGGGUAUUCAGAGAAAAGCAAGAUGGCAGACACCAUUGGCCAGUACGGAAACGGUUUCAAAACAAGUACCAUGAGGCUAGGGGCUGACGUCAUCGUCUUCUCUCGUAGUGACAGAACUCAGAGCAUAGGGUUGUUGUCUUACACUUUCUUGAGGAGCACGGCAAAGGAGGAUAUUGUAGUUCCCAUAUUGGACUACGAGAGAAGACGAGGGAAUGAAACUUGGGGCAAGAUGUUCCGAUCCUCGAGCGAAAACUGGGACAAAAGUUUGGAGACAAUACUUGAGUGGUCGCCAUUUGAGAGUGAACGAGACUUGGAUCAUCAGUUUUAUAUGAUGAAGCAGCACGGCACCCGAAUAAUCAUAUACAACCUUUGGGAGGACGAUGAAGGAAACUUGGAGCUUGACUUGGACACUGAAGCUCAUGAUAUUCAAAUGCGAGGCGUGAACCGGGAUGAGAAGAACAUACAAAUGGCUGAACAGUAUCCAAACUCUCGUCAUUUUUUGACCUACCGCCACUCGUUGAGGAGUUAUGCAGCAAUUCUCUACUUGCGGCUUCCCACUAACUUUCGAAUCAUUCUUCGCGGCAAGGAUGUUGAGCAUCACAACAUUUUGAAUGAUUUGAUGUGGUCCGAGCAGAUUACGUAUAGGCCUAAGCCUAUCGAAAAGGAGGAGACAUAUAUAGCGAAGAAAACCAAGAAGGAAAAGAAGGAUACAAAUAUGGUUGCUGAGGUCACUCUUGGGUUUGUGAAAGAUGCAAAAAACCAUCUUGAUGUUCAAGGGUUCAAUGUAUAUCACAGGAAUAGGCUGAUCACGCCAUUUUGGAGGGUGUGGAAUGCUGCAGGAAGCGAUGGCCGCGGUGUUAUAGGUGUUAUAGAAGCUGAUUAUAUCAACCCAGCUCAUGAUAAGCAGGGGUUUGAGCAUACCUUACUUCUUGACAGACUCAAGCAAAAGUUGGUGGAAACGCAAAAGGCAUACUGGUCUACCAAUUGUCACAAAAUUGGCUAUGCUCCACGCCGCAAUGUCAGGGCUAUUAAUGAAGAGAGGGAAGCUGCUAAGUCAGGUAGCCAAAGACCAGUUUUAGAUUCAAAUCCAGACAAGUCCUCUUCACGCAAGACACCGGUUUUAGAUUCAAAUCCAGAUGAGUCCCCUUCAAGCAAGAGACCAGUUUUAGUUUCAAAUCGAGACGAGUCCUCUUCACGAAAGAGACCAGUUUUAGAUUCAAAUCUAGACAAGUCCUCUUCACGCAAGAGAUCACUUCCAGAUUCGAAUACAAAUGAAGCCAAAUCCCCCCCACACAAAAGUCAGAAAGUUUCUUCAGACAAAUCUCCCAAUGGGAAUGCGGAUAUGCACAAGAAAAAUACAGUGCAAACAACAACAAAGUCAUCAACCCGUCGCCAAGAAAUUGUGUUAGGAUUAAGCGUUGUGGAGCAACCAAGGAAGGAGAACCAAGGGAAUGUAGCUGCUGAUGUGCAGACUGAAAGAUGCAAGUCACGAAGAGAAAAUGAGGAAUUGAUUCUCGCUGACGAGAAAGCACGAGGAGACAAUGAGGAAAACAACUUGAAGGAAGAGUUGCGGAAUGCAUCCAAUACCAUUCGAGAAUUGCGUAUACAGCUGCAAAAGGCAAAUGAAGAAAUUAAGAAGUUGAACAUGCAGCAAGACGAGAGAGCACGACGAAACAAAGAAGAAAACAACUUACUGAAGGAAGAGUUGCGGGAUAAAUCCAAUGAGCUGGAAAAGGCAAAUGAAGAAAUUAAGAAAUUGAACAUGCAGCAAGACGAUCUGAUUGACAUGUUGGCUGAGAGCGAGAUGAAGUUGCGGCACUCAACUUGA